AUGUUUAUUAUUCAAUUAUUGGUUUAUUUUAUCAAUACUACACCAAUUAAACAGGCCAAUCCAUGCCGAACCAACCGCUGUUUAACUAAUUUAGAACUAAAAUAUAAAUAUAGAAGCUUAGCACGUCAAAGACUAAAGAAAAACAAGAUAACUAGAGAAAAGAUGUGUAUUACGAAUGAGCUUGUACGGAAAGAGCGCGAGAUAAUUGAAUUGGAUAAGAAAAUCAAUAACAUAAAAGAUAUGGUGAAAUUAAUUGAGAAGUUUGAUGCCCUUUUGGAUAAACAGGUAUUGGAUGACACAAGUAAUUGGAAAGAGUUCAAAAAGAAAUGUGAAUUCACAUCCUUCUUAAUACUCAGACGCAGGAUAUGUGAAAUAGCAUGUUUCAAAUCACUAAUGUGUGAAAAGGAUAUCAAAAGGCUCUAUUAUGGUUUUAUUCACGCUAAGAAAGAAGGAAUAGCCUUGUUCCUGAAUGAAAUACUGAUCUACAAUAAAGAAAUCAAACUAUUGGAUGAUGAGAGAGAGAAAAUUUAUAAAAAGUAG